AUGGGAAACUUGCCACCUGCUCGCGUAAAUGCGGCAAUUCCGUUCACUCACACUGGCAUCGAUUUUUGCGGACCAUUCUUCAUCAAGGAAAAGAAACAUCGCAAUCGCAAUCGAGUGAAGAUAUAUAUUUGCGUUUUCGUAUGCCUGUCUGUUAAGGCCGUACAUCUCGAGGUCGUAAGCGAUUUAUCGUCUGAUGGAUUUCUUGCGGCACUGCGACGACUUGUGGCCAGGCGAGGAAUACCAGCUCAUAUUUAUUCCGACAACGGAACCAAUUUCGUGGGUGCGAAUUCUCAAUUAAAGGAAGUUUACGCAUUAUUGAAUUCCGAGAAUCACAGGCGCCUUACAGAUAAGUUUGCGAGCGAUCAUAGAAUUACGUGGCAUUUCAUCCCACCAGGAGCUCCGCAUUUCGGUGGAAUGUGGGAAUCGAUGGUCAAGCUCUUCAAACACCAUCUAAAACGAGUCGUUGGCGACACUUUGUUCACAUUCGAGGAGUUUAACACCUUCGCGAUCGAAGUCGAAGGCAUCCUCAACUCGAGACCAAUUACUUCAUUGUCCUCAGACCCAAACGAUACGAUUGCUUUAACCCCUGCUCAUUUUUUAAUUGAUAAACCAUUAACAACCCUCCCGGAGGGUAAUGUAACAUCUGUUCCAGCUAACCGCUUGUCUACAUGGCAACACAUAUCGAAGGUCCGCCAAGACUUCUGGUCACGCUGGAACCUCGAAUACUUAAACGAAUUACAAAUCCGCAACAAAUGGUGCAAGGAUGGACCAAGGCUCGAAGUGGGCACAAUUGUAAUCGUCAAGGACAAGCAGUUACCAUGCAACAAAUGGAUAUUAGGCAGAGUGUGCGAGAUCCAUCCCGGCAAGGAUGGAAUAACUCGAGCCGCCACCAUUAAGACGGCAACUGGACAGCUGAAAAGAGCUGCCAAAUCCUUAUGUCCCUUACCUGCCAUUUCAUAA